CGCCUGUGCAACCCCUCACACCUCAUCGUUCUCACACAAGCCCAACGUAUGGCUUUUGUAAUCGUGAUCUCUACCCUACGCAAAAUGCACCCGUUCCGCCGUGUUCCGCCCAUUCUCAUGGCGAUGACCACCAGGACAAUCGCAACGUUCUAGCCGACGUCCUAGUCGAUGCCUCGACGUUUGCACGAACAAUAAAAGACUAAUGCGGGCGAUGGCGACCUUGCGGAAGCCCAUCGUGUGCAUGUGUGCACAGCACUCCGAAUCGGCGCCGCGCUACGGAAAGCGUAUCACAAAGGUUGCGAAGUGGAACUUCAUUCUAUCUGCCCCGUGUCAGCUCUGUUUGCUUAGCAGCUCAGGCGCAUUUAUCAACUAUUCCAAAACACCUCGUACACGCAAAGGAUUUUCUCCAGCAGUCCCAUCGCCAGCAUUUACGUUCUCGAACCACUCCCAAAUCGAGCCCGGCUUACUCAGGCAUGGCUCCGGACUGCUCGGUGACUUGUCCGUACGGUAUCCUAAAUCUCAAUGCAGCUGCAGAAACCGUACCGAUUCUGUCGACCUCGCCAAAGGAAUUCCACAAAAAACUCCGCGACUGGCUCAGCGAGCAUUACCUGGAAGAUCGUCUUGGCGUAGCGGCCCUGGACGGAGUCGAGCCGCUCGGUCGCCGCAUAAGAUCUGUUCAGGAUCUUAGCCUAUUGGUGUGCGCAUACAGUAAUGCUCGGGCAUUGAAGCAGAAGACCAUGAAGCGAGGGAUGGAUCACGAGCUGUACUUUUAUGGCCAUACUCCAGACCACAAUGCCGCGGUGGAUGCUGGGAGACUUCUGAGAUACCCAUCAGACCCAGGCUCUCCGGUAGGGUUCGCCUUGGACGGGCGCUGACCUGGACAGAAGAGGCAUAUCACGCGACGCGGUCGAGAUUGGUUGCAUUGCUAGCUUCUGGACGUAACGUUAGUCUGAAUUAUACAUGCUGCCCUUCGCUUUGUCGGCGCGAG